CUAACGAUACCAUGAAGUAAAGCUAUGGGAUUUUCGUCGGAACUGCUCUCACUCGUGGAAUCACAUUCGGCGCGAUUUUCAGGAAAGCAACCGAUGACGGUUCUUCAAAGCGUUCUGCUAUUGCAAGUGGCGGAGGAGAAGCUAAUGCGCGCGGUUCGGUACGAUUCUUACGGCGGAGGAGCCGCCGGUCUGAAGCAUGUAAAAGUACCGGUUCCUGAGCCAAAGAAUGAUAAGGUUCUGCUGAAAUUGGAAGCGGUUACUAUAAAUCCCGUCGAUUGGAAAAUACAGAGCGGAAUGCUAAGACCCUUUCUUCCUCCGAAGUUCCCUUACAUACCUGCCUGCGAUGUCGCAGGAGAGGUGGUUGAGGUUGGUCCAGGAGUCGAGAAUUUUAAAGCUGGCGACAAAGUCGUAGCCUACCUCAGUAUUAGUAACGGUGGUGGAUUUGCCGAGUUUGCCGUCGCGAAUGAGAGUCUAACAGUGGCAAGACCACCUGAAGUAUCCGCACCAGAAGGGGCAGGGUUGCCUGUAGCUGGCCUCACUGCUCUCCAGGCCCUCACCCAAGCUGCUGGGGUAAAGCUCGACGGGAGCGGGCCACUGAAGAAUAUCCUGAUCACUGCUGCCUCAGGCGGCGUCGGCCACUUUGCAGUUCAACUCGCGAAGCUAGGAAACACACACGUGACUGCAACUUGUGGGGCUCGCAACAUUGACUUCGUCAGGAGCCUCGGCGCUGAUGAGGUCCUCGACUACAAGACCGCAGAGGGAGCUGUCUUGAAGAGCCCAUCCAGCAAGAAGUACGACUUCGUGGUCCACUGCGCGCACGCUUUCCCUUGGUCAGUUUUCGAGCCGAAUUUGAGCGAAUGCGGCAAAGUGAUAGAUCUCACCCCGGGCAUCAGCACAAUGACGACUUUCGCUCUCAAGAAACUCACCUUCUCGAAGAAGCACCUCGAGCCAUUUCUGUUAAUACCCAAGGGCGAGAACCUGGAAUUCCUGGUGAAGUUGGCUAAGGAAGGGAAGAUCAAGACCGCCAUCGACUCGAAGUAUCCGCUGAACAAAGCUGAGGAUGCUUGGGCAAAGUCGAUAAGCGGUCACGCCACUGGUAAGAUAAUUGUAGAGCCAUAGGGACUAAUUGCUGGUGCUUUCUGGGCGUGUUGUCUAUGAUAGUGAUUUGCUUCUUGCUGGGAAUGUUAUUGAACAUUGUGUUCAUUUUCUUUCACUUUAGACAGAUUUCUGGAAAGCGUAAUAUCACUUUGAACGGAGCGAUUUUACAUUACAAUGAAAUGCUUAUGAAUGUGUUCUCUUUGAAUCUUUGUCUUC